CCUUUAAAAAUGGAGGAGGAAGAAGAUGAACGGAAAAACAGGCGACCUAAGCUCGCGGCGUUCAGUUCACUGAACGCUCGGGUCGUUCAUUCUUCCUUGGAAGAAGGUUUGAUUCGUCAGCAAGCUUCUGCAGAAUCGAACGACGCAAACACUUCUAGUAUUUCAACAGCUCAAUAUAGCGAUAGAAGCUUUGUUUCAAAAACUAGUACAUUUUCACGCAGUGGAACCUCGAGUUCUAGUCAAGAAGAAUGUGAGGUUGCACAAACGUCAAUUACGAGCGGUCAAUAUUUGGCCGCAGCACGCGUAGAAACUGCGCGAUCUAUGGAAAGCUUGCGACCCAGCAAAGAUACUUCACCGGCGCGCCCUGCAAGCUCGUGUACAUCCAUUCGCAUCCAUCGCAGCUCAUUCUUGACCGCAAGCGAACGGGAUGUACGUGAGACACGGGGCGCGCCGGCACGGAGGGCAUUGUCUGGAGAGGACAUGGGAACCUCAGCUGAAAAAAGACGCGGCUUAUUCGCUAGCACAGAACGCCGCGCCUUGCAGCAACUCAGCUUGCCGCCGCCUGAGCGUCGGCUAACUAUUUUAAGCCCGCAUAGUCCAAUGGCAACGGGUGAAUUACAAUGGCCAGUGCCGUCUGGAAUUCGAGGCAGGCGGAAGAAGGGAAUGGUGCUACCAAAGCUAAUAUUGCCUCGCAGCGAUUCUGAUGGGUCUGAUGUAUUCUUUGAAAGCUUCGAUGUGGAAAAUGGCGGCGCGGGUGCGGGGGGCGCCCGCUCCCCGCUGGAGGGGGGCUCGCCGUCCGCCGCGCUCGUCCUCCAAUCCUUGCCGCAACGCCGCGAGUCCUUCCUCUACCGAUCCGAUUCCGACUUUGAAAUGUCACCCAAGUCCAUGUCAAGAAAUAGCUCGAUUGCCAGCGAGAGAUUCAAGGAAGUGGAGGCUGCGCAACUGGAUAGAGCUCAUGGAGAAGACCUGAUCGUGACUCCCUUCGCGCAAGUCCUGGCCAGCCUGCGCAGUGUACGAAACAACUUUUUAUGUCUCACCAACGUACCAGCUGCAAAAUCCCGAAGAUCAUCAGGUGCAACCACCGCUCCGACUCCACAACAGAAAAAUUUUAAUCCAGGAGAUGAAGCCUACAUGAAGCUCGCUUUGGAGACCGUUGAAGAGCUGGACUGGUGUCUAGACCAGCUGGAGACUAUCCAGACACAUCGCUCUGUAUCGGAUAUGGCAUCACUUAAGUUCAAACGGAUGCUGAACAAGGAGCUGAGCCACUUCUCGGAGUCAAGCAAGUCUGGCAACCAGAUCUCGGAAUAUAUCUGCUCUACAUUUUUGGACAAACAACAAGAACUUGAUUUACCAUCACUACAAGUUGAUGAAAGCUCUGAACGUAUUAAGAAGAAGGAAAAGCCACGUCAUGUCGGUCCUGGAACUACUAUGUCACAAGUAUGUAUUUCGGGCGUCAAAAGAACACUGACACAUACAAAUAGUUUUACCGGCGAGCGUGUACCACGAUAUGGAGUUGAGACCCCACAUGAAGAAGAAUUGGGAAAAUGCUUGGGAGAACUUGAUCGCUGGGGUGUUGACAUAUUCCGUAUUGGUGAUCUCUCAUGCGGCCGUCCACUUACAGCAGUUGCCUACGCUGCAUUCACAUCUCGGGAGCUCCUUUCCACAUUACAAAUCCCAUCUAGGACGUUCCUCGCCUUUGCAGUCACGCUAGAGGAACACUAUUGCCGUGACAAUCCUUUCCAUAACUCACUCCACGCAGCUGAUGUAACUCAAUCAACAAAUGUACUACUAAAUACUCCAGCGCUUGACGCCGUAUUUACUCCAAUUGAAGUGUGUGCUGCACUAUUCGCCGCAUGCGUCCAUGACGUCGAUCAUCCUGGUCUCACAAAUCAAUUUUUGGUCAACUCCAGCUCAGAAUUAGCACUCAUGUAUAAUGACGAAUCAGUUCUCGAAAAUCACCAUCUCGCCGUUGCCUUCAAGUUGUUACAAAAUGAUGGAUGCGACAUCUUUAUAAACCUUCAUAAAAAACAAAGGCAAACACUGAGGAAAAUGGUAAUUGAUAUGGUGCUCUCCACUGACAUGUCUAAACACAUGAGCCUCCUUGCAGAUCUGAAGACUAUGGUGGAAACCAAAAAAGUAGCGGGAAGUGGAGUGUUGUUGUUGGAUAACUAUACCGACAGAAUACAAGUUUUAGAGAAUCUCGUACAUUGUGCUGAUCUGAGUAAUCCAACAAAACCUUUACCUUUAUAUAAGCGAUGGGUCGCAUUGUUAAUGGAAGAGUUCUUCCAACAAGGUGAUCGUGAAAGAGAACAGGGCAUGGAUAUAAGUCCUAUGUGUGACAGGCAUAAUGCUACGAUUGAAAAAUCUCAAGUCGGUUUCAUAGACUACAUUGUGCAUCCCUUGUGGGAAACAUGGGCAGAUCUAGUUCACCCAGACGCUCAAGAUAUAUUGGACACUCUUGAAGAAAAUCGUGACUACUAUCAAAGCAUGAUUCCACCAUCGCCGCCGCCGAUUCCAAUACAAACGCAUUCUAAUGUGGAUGAUGAUCGCCCUGAGCAGAUUCGCUUUCAAGUGACUCUCGAAGAGGGUGAAGGUUCGGAAGAAUGCGAGGGCGAGGGGGAUGGUGGGAUGUGACGGAAGCUGAUGGGAAUUUGUAAGAAACUCUCUGAGAAAAUGCAAGUGUGGUGGAAGCUCUGGCAGUAGGGCGGCCGCUGGGUGGAAGCUCGCCUCGCACCACCACUGUUACUUAGACGGCGCGAGGCUCGUUGGAUAAUAAUUACACUUGUUGACGCUUAAACUGUCGGAAUGAAACGAUUCACUCGGAGGUCGUGUCAUUUCGAUGAUAAUUAUUUGUAUGUGAUUACUACGCAGUGUUGUUUAGAGUUACCUAACGACUAAGUAUAUCCCUCCAAUGACUGUAUAACAUUCGAUUGUUUAGUGUUUUGUAACGACCGUUUUGUUUUGUCUAACCAAAGAUAUAUGAAGUCUACUUUUUAGUUUACUUUCGAUUUCCCUGUAAGUAGCUGGUCUCCAACUUGUAAAAUUAAAUUCGUGUAAGUAGAUUUAGUCGUCGACAUCAUACGUCGAUUAAAGUAAGGACAUUGAAAACGCUUAUUAAUUGGUAUGAAAGGGUAAUUUAUAUUGUCAUAUCAUCCACAUUUCUCAUAUUUAAUACGGGUUUGCGAUAAUGAUGUUAAUCACCAAAAUUUAUUAACAUAUUAGAUAUCUUAAACGUAGUGUUUUAAGAUAAUGUCGUCUUUUGAUUCGUUGCCAUGUCUUUUUCUGAAUAUUAUAUAUUCGGCCAGUCACUUGUAAAAAGACAAAAUGGAUUUCAUCCUAUUACUUAGAUAGCUUUACUUCAUUGAUUUGAUAACCUAAUGGCACCUCAUUUCUUGUUAUGGAUCGCUGGCGAUCCCAUUAUUUUCUCUUAGAAUAAUUUAUUAUUUUUGUACAUUACUUAUAAACCUAGUUAUUUAUCCAAAAAUUAGUUGGGAAUUUUAGGUAUAUUUUUUGAUGCAACUAACGGCUUGAAGUAUUGAAGUGUUAAAUACUAACAAUGGCGUGGUUUGUGACUAAGUUUUACACUGGACACUCACAGAGUUGAGAAUUCAGACAGGCCGGGCUUUGCAAUAGUUCUUAAUACUUAGUGAGUAAUUUAUCAAAAAUCUAUGCGCACAACACCUUGAGUUUUAUUCUGUAAAAAAAAUUAUUCUUCACAACUUACAGUACAGACGGACUACUGAAAGCCAAAAACAACGACAUAUCGCCGCUGAUCUAAAUGUAUAUUAAUUAUUUAUAUUUCGAAACGCAUCUAUUUACUUUACAUCCUUUUUAACGUUUUAUCUAACUUCCUAACUAAUCGCUGAAACAUCACAAGAGUAUGAAAAAAUGUAUUAUGGUUGCAUUUCUAGUAUCCAUUGAAUUAGUCUACAAUUAUAAGAAACGUAUUUAUGAGCUGGUCUCUAUAUUUUUAUGUACUCAAAAGAUAUUUGUUUACUUUAUAAAUUAAUAACCUAUUUGUUCCUAUUUUUUUUUUCGAUGUAUAAUUUUGCAAGUAUUGCUUAUUAUUAGAUCCAUCAUUCAUAAAUUUUUGUGUAUAAAAUGAAGGUCCAAUGUAAUGUACACUUUCAUAUAGGAAUUUAGAUUUCUUAAACGAGCAGAGAAUGCAGCAAGCAAGGUCACAGUAAUCUCUGUGUGUGAUGGUUUUUUUUUUAAAUAUUGGUAUUGUUUAGACCCUUGUAUGUCGACAAAGACAUAAAAAUAAAAACGCUUAUUUACUAAUAUAUGUUGUAGAUACAUUACGCUUAGACACAUUUGUUUUAAAAUAUAUACAUUGUACGUACGUAAUAGAAUUAAAAUAUUUGUACCUAUAUUAUUAGAUCUGUGUGAUGUACGUAGACUGUACAUUCGUACGUAAUUUUCUAGUUCACAUGAACAGAUCUAUCAAUAUUGAACCUUAUUGGCUUUAUUAAAAAUUUGUAAUAUUAUUAUACCCGAUAUCUUGAAAUAUUAUCCUCCUAACUAUAACUAGUAAGUAAUACGCUCGUUGUUAUAAAUAAGGUUUAAUGGAGAUGUACCUAUGUUUAUCAAUAAAAAGUCGAAUAUCAGUAUCUAAUGAAUAAAACAGAUUUUUAUGUAUUUAUAUUGUUCAUUAUUGUUUAUUAUAAUUGAUGGUGUCUGCUCAGAUUCUGUUACAGUUAAACCUCGAAAAUUGUAAAACGUAUCCUAAAUUUAAUGUAGAGAUGUCUUCGUACCUAUUUUAUGGGAAUCCAUAAAUUAUAAAAUAAUCUAAUCAUAUGGAUAGUUGCACGAUAUAUCAAACGAAAUACCCAUUCAGUAAUACCAAAAGGUCAACAUCAAAAUAAAUUUCACAUACAUUUAAUUCAAUAAUGAUCUAAGUACGUGACCUAAAUUUCGAAUUUUCAAGGAUUAACUGUAUGUACUUGUCGAUUACAACUAGCUAACUACCAAAGAACAAAAAUUAGUUCGUAUUGUUUAUGUGCAUCUGGUAUGUCACUUCUUUAUCGAAUUACUUGUGUAGAAAUAUUAUGUCGAGUAUAAGUAUUUUUCCGAGACUUUAAUAUUAAACCUAAAUGUGUUUCGUCACUUUGGAGAACUAACGCUAUGAUUGGAUAUCUAAUACUUAGGUGAUUUAUAAACACGGUGUUAAGUGUGCAAUGCUGGUCAUUCGCAUUACUUUUUGGUUAUGUUAAAUUUAAUAGCUUAUAAUAGUUUAAAUGAAUAUUUGAGUUGAUUUAAAAAAUAUUAAUGUAUUUAGAAUAAAAACACAUUGAAGAAAAUA